GCAUUUUGUUUUAGUUUUGCUCUAAAAAAAUGAAGGUGGCAGCGAAGAAAGUUAAAUCCUUGGGCAAACUCAAGGCUGGCAUCAAUAAAAAACAGCCCAAACAGGAGGCCAACAGAAAGACGGUUGCGAAAAAAUCAGAAAAGCUGAAAGAUGAGAAGGAGAUCACAAGGAAACCCAAGCAGAAGGCGGUGGUGGUUUCCAAAAAUGUGAAGCCCCCAAAGAAGGCGUCAAAGAAAUCACACAAAGAGGACCUGGAGGGUCUCAAGCAGAUAGAUCCAGAGUUUUACGAGUUUCUCAAGACAAAUGACAAGAAGCUGCUGGAUUUCAAUUUAAUGGACAGUGAUGAGGAGGACGAGGACGAAGGUGAGAAAGAAUCGGCGGCGCAGAAGGACGCCGAUAGUGACAGUGGCGACGACGAGGAGAACGAAGAGAAGUACCACAAGCCCAGUGACGAUCUAGCUGUGGCCAGCGAUGAGAGUGAUUUUGAGGAGGAGGGCGAUGGCGAGGAUGAAUCCGCUGCUACCGGUGGGACUCAAAAGGUCACCCUAAACUUGUUGCGUCAGUGGGAACAGCAGCUAGGCCAGGCCAACGUAUCCAUUGACAUUGUGCGUAAAGUGAUUCAGGCCUUCAACUCGGCCCUGGCCAGCAUCUCCGCCGAUGGGGCGGACGGUGGCGAGAACCAGCCAAAUGCUGCCGCCUUUAAAGUCGUCGGAGCCGCCUCCUUCAAUGGCGUCAUCCAGCUGUGCGUGCUCCACCUGCAGCCGGCCAUUAUCCGAGUGCUGGGCGUGAGGCCCAACAGCAGCCUGCCGCUGCACAAGCACAAAAAGUGGGUCAAGGUGCGUGGCUGCCUCCGCUACUACCUCACCGAUCUGAUACGCCUCGUGGAGCAAGUAUCGAGCGCUAAUAUACUGGGCGUUCUGCUCAAGCAUCUGCAUCAGAUGGCUGGCAUGGUUGCUCCCUUCACGGCCCUGGGCAAGACCAUACUGAAGCGUUUGAUUGUGCUUUGGGCGACGGGCGAUGAAACCGUUCGCGUGCUGGCCUUUCUCUGCAUCCUGAAGAUAACAAGGAACCAGCAGGGCACAAUGCUGAACCAUGUCCUGAAGGCCAUGUACCUUGCCUAUGUGCGCAACUCCAAGUUUGUCCCCAACACAUUGCCGGGCAUCAACUUUAUGCGCCGCUCGCUCGUGGAGAUGUUCGCCUUGGACUUGAACGUGAGCUAUCAGCAUGCGUUCCUUUACAUCCGCCAGCUGGCCAUUCACCUGCGCAAUGCGGUGAUCUUGAAGAAAAAGGACAGCUUCCAGGCCGUCUACAACUGGCAGUUCAUUAACUCGCUUCGCCUGUGGGCAGAUCUGCUGGGCGCCAGCACAAACAAGCCGCAGCUGCAGCCUCUGGUCUAUCCAUUGGUCACCAUUGCCACGGGCGUGAUCCGCUUGAUACCGACGGCCCAGUACUUCCCGUUGCGCUUCCACUGCCUGCAAACGCUGAUUUCGCUGGCAAAGGAGACGCAGACUUAUGUGCCGGUGCUGCCGCUGAUUGUGGAGGUGCUGCGGAGCAACACCUUCAAUCGCAAACACUCGGCGGUGUCCAUGAAGCCGCUGCAGUUCACAUGCGUCCUCAGGCUGAACAAGGGUCAGCUGGCGGAGAAUGGAUUCCGCGAUGAGGUCAUCGAGCAGGUGUGUGCCUUGCUGCUGGAAUAUCUCGCUCACGAGUCGGCUUCGCUGGCCUUCAGCGACUUGGUCGUGCCGGCCGUGAUGGCAAUUAAGGCCUAUCUCAAGGAGUGCCGCAAUUCCAAUUACACACGUAAGCUGAAGCAAUUGCUGGACAAGAUCCAGGAGAGCAGCAAGUUCAUUGAGCAACAGCGCAGCAAGAGCACCGUCACCUUUGACCUUAAGGAUGCUCAGGCGGUGGCAGCCUGGGAGCAACAGCUACGAACCAAGCGCACACCCCUGGACAUCUACUAUGCUAGCUGGCUGAAGACACACGAGACAAAGAAACGACGCCAGGCGGCCCAAACGGACGACAUCAAUUCCGACUACGCUGUGCCGAAGCUGAAGCGACCGGCGCCCAAGACGGGAGUGCCCGUGCGCAACGAAAACGGCGAACUGGAGCUGUUCCCCUCAGACUCCGAGGAUGAUGAGGGCGGUCCGCACAUCCCAAUGGAUGACGAAGAUGAUGACGACGAAUCUGAUGUUGAGCAGCCCAAGCAGAAGAAGGUUAAGGUGGCCAAGCCAGAGAAGAAGACCCAAAAGGCUGCCAUUCCAGAGCCAACGGAGGAGGCAGCUGUCGAUGAUUAUGACGAGACCGGGGCGGCUGUGGACAUAGUUAAGGACUUGGAUUUGAAUGAUUGGUAGAAGAACACUAAGCUACAUAAUUAAUAUAUUUACACAUUACAAAUUCAUUUAAA